AUAAAAAUAUUUUAUUUCUAAUUAGUAUUACAUGAAGAAGAAGAGAGUCUUGGAGAGGAGAAACCUCUACUGUCAUACAGUAGAGCCAUUCUAACAGCUGAUGGCAAUGAAUUAAAAGUAGAAUAAAGAGAGGAGUGAGAGAGAGAGCAACCAAAAGAAGCUAAAGCAUCAGCAACCGUGUUAGCCUCCCGGUAAGAAUGUGUGAUCGUAGCAUUCCAAUCGGAGAGCAAAUGACGAAUGGUGACAAUAGAGGAACGGAGUUUCCAUGGGAUUGGAGCUUCGCAGUUAAGGAUGAGGUUGACCAGAACCGAAGAGUCCACUUCAAUGCUUAAGGGUUUCCUGGCUACCAAGUUACACCAUCUCAUGGCAAGAGCAAGAGCUUUAGCUUCUGCUUCUAGAGCGCAGGAAGCUAGAAAAGGAAAAGCUAACGCUGCAACAAAACCGCCUUGUGAAUUCCGAAGUACUGCCCCACCUCCACUAGCAAACGUGGAGAAAGAAGCAUCAGAAUUUAACUUCAGACGGCCUGAUGGAGGGCGAAGCCAUUUAAUCCAAAGAGUUUUCUUAGGUCUCGGAGUUGCAAAGUAAGCCACAAAGCCAUUGAAUCCCCGUGA